AUGUCCCUCAUUGAUACCAUCUUCAACGAGGAGCGACCGACCGACUCGAACAAAGCCAAGAGCCACAUCGGCUGGUGGCUGGCUCUCUCUAUCGCGUCUGCUCGCCAGUGUGCCAAGGAUAUCCUUACGGCGUUACUCGAUGGGCAGUUAGCAUACAAAGUCCUCGGCGAGAAGGACCCCAGACCUGUCCAUAUCUCCAACGGGACUCUGAACUCUCCGAUAGCGAACAACACCCGCGAUAUAUGCACAGCACUGCCUCUAAUGCUCCCGCAAUAUAUGUCAGGCCUCUCGCUAAUGACAUCGAUAAGGGACCUAGCCCAGUCUAAUGCCAGAUUAAUCUGCACAGCCCUACGCCGAUACGCCACUGGGGAUAUAGUUGAAGCGUUAAAACUAGACAACGUGCGACACUCGAAAAGCACAGAACUUACCGUGGCAGUGGAUGGGCCUUAUUAUCUGACGAGAAAGAUCAAUCAUGCACGUGAGGUGGUUACCUGGUGCCAGGCCAUUGAUUUGAGGGGUCAAGAGGUGUCGAAGAAGGACUGA